UUCGUCUCUACAAUCGGUUCUGCGCCUUUGUUUCCGACCUCAAGCAUUCUCUUCCGCUCUGUGCGACAGCCGCGACUGAGACUCUAUUUAGACCAUUCUCCAGUUUCGCUCUGUUCUGCGGAACUGCCGACUGCGCCUCUGAUCUCUCAUCUUUCUCUAGGUAGUGUUUGACGCGCGAUCUUUGUUCAAUCGGCUUGGUUGCAGCUGCGGAGCUUCUAGUUGUUGAAUUGUAAUCACCUUUUAGAAUCAUGAACAAGAAGGAGGUAUUCAAACUAGCGAAAGGCUUCCGUGGAAGGGCAAAGAAUUGCAUAAGGAUAGCUAGAGAAAGGGUAGAAAAGGCACUUCAGUAUUCUUAUAGAGACCGAAGGAACAAGAAACGUGACAUGCGUUCCCUUUGGAUUGAACGCAUCAAUGCUGGCACUCGUGUUCAUGGUGUUAAUUAUGGUAACUUCAUGCAUGGACUAGUGAAAGAGAACAUUCAAAUUAAUCGCAAGGUUUUAUCAGAGUUGUCUAUGCAUGAACCGUAUAGUUUCAAGGCUCUCGUUGAUGUUUCUCGCACUGCUUUCCCCGGGAACCGCCAGGUGUCAGCAACACCAAAGAAGGAAGGUCUUGCAAUGUUGAUAUGAUUUUUGAGUAGUAUGAAACUUUGUUUUGCAAUAACGUUUUAGACUUCAAAUUUGUAGUUGGUUUUUUGCUUACAAGUGUUCUUGUUGUGUUGCGUUGUGUCUCUUAAUGGGUCAAAGAAGUGGUUAAAAGUAAAAUGUUGUAUCAGAUGGGUUAAAUUUGUCUAAAAUCAUCUAACUCACAAGAUAACCAUUCAACUUAUUUUAAUGAUUAAGCUUUUACUCUA